CGUUCGGAAAAGGAACGUCCGCGAUUGUUCUCCGAUCUGGGCCUUGUUCGAUUGCGGUGGGGUAGUGGCUCAGAGCCGGGACGGAAUCUCGUCCACACACUGCAUUCAGCUAGCCAGGAAGAUGGCUACCGAGAAUGUCAGCUUAUUGUUUAAAGUGUACUGCUUGUCAGUAAUGACGCUUGUGGCUGCUACUUAUACUGUAACAUUACGGUACACAAGGACAGUCUUAACAAAGAUGUAUUUUGCAACCACUGCUGUUUGUAUCACUGAAGUCAUCAAACUAAUUCUGAGUUUAGGUAUGUUAAUAAGGGACUCUGGGAGUUUGAGUAGGAUGCUGUCAGCUUUGCAGGAGCAUAUACUAAGAAGUCCCAAAGAAUUGCUGAAGCUCAGUGUUCCAUCUCUAGUGUAUGCUGUUCAGAACAAUAUGGCUUUUGUGGCACUUAGCAAUUUGGAUGCAGCAGUGUAUCAGGUGACAUAUCAACUAAAGAUACCCAGUACAGCAUUGUGCACGGUCUUUAUGCUGAACCGCUCACUCAGCAAGCUGCAGUGGGUGUCUGUGUUUAUGCUCUGUGCUGGGGUAACGUUAGUCCAAUGGAAGCCUGUGGAAACUACAAAGGUGCAGGUAAGUAAUUGGAGACUGGGAGAUGGCUUCAGUGAAGCAUUGAUGCUGGCAUGGACUGGUUGGGCAGAACAGUCUACUCCUUUGCUAUAUUUUCCAAAUUAUUUAACUUGUUGGCAAAAUAAAACUUUGCAGCCUGUUUAAGAUCAAUCUGUGAUAUCACCACAAAAGACUGUGCGUUGUUUUAACAAAUGUUUUUAUUUGCUUUUGUAUGAAGGCUCUUAACAAACAAGUGGAAUCAGUCGAUUAACUAAUUCUGCCACAAUUAGCAUUGAUUUCUUUUAUAUACUUAUAAAGCUUAAGAUCUGCCUUUUACCAUUUUGAGUCAAAUAAAGCUGAAUGACCUUUUGCUGCAAGUAUGUGGAUAUCAGAUGGGGACAAAAUUGUGUGGUGGCGAUUCACAUGAUGAAUAGUCAGUUGACUUGAGAUCCUGAAAAAAAUUCUUCUUUGGAGUCAUAGCGAUGUACAGCAUAGAAACAGACCUUUCAGUCCAACUCGUCCUU